UAAUUUAACACGCGGAAAUGGGUAAAGACAAACGUGUCCAAGCCAAGCUUAGAAACCAGAAGGUCAUUAAUAAGGAGAUCCAAAGGAGACUGGAUGAGGGUCAGAUUCUCCUCCCUGAGCAGGAAGGAUAUCUUGAGGCCGAAGGCAUGGAGAGAACCAUAAAAUUUAGCCAAGAUGAGCUCAAAAAGCACCUGCCUUCUGAUAAUGUUGAUAAUAUAUUCGAUCUGGACCUUGAGCAUGGGCCAUACAGCAUCGAUUAUACUAGGAAUGGCCAAUACCUCUUGCUUGCAGGAAGAAAGGGCCAUAUUAGUAUGAUGGACUGGAAGAAAAAGUCCCUUGUGACUGAGUUCUCAGUCAAUGAGAAAAUUAGAGACGUUCAAUUCCUACAAGACCAAAAGUUAUUUGCAGUUGCACAGAAGAAAUAUACUUUUAUUUAUGAUAACUCUGGAAUGGAAAUCCAUUGACUUAAGCAUCAUGUUGAGCCAAAAUUUCUGAAAUACUUGCCUUAUCACUUUUUGCUCGUCACAGCUACUCUGAGGGGCCAUUUGAAGUACCAGGAUGUGUCUACUGGAGAAAUAGUCUCUGAAAUAAAGUCUAAGAAGGGAGAGCCCUUCAGUUUAUGCCAAAACAAGCAGAAUGGAAUCAUGCAUCUUGGGCAUUCUUAUGGAGGAGUUACUCUUUGGUCGCCGAAUAUGGGCUCUUCGUUGGUUGACAUCUUGUGACAUCCCUCUUGUCCAGUCACUUCCAUCUCCAUUGCAAACAAUGGAAGGUAUAUGGUGACGACUGGGACAGAUUCCAGAAUGAAGGUCUGGGAUUUGAGGAAAUAUGAGUGUGUUCAUGACUAUUUCACAAGAGGACCUGCUUUUGCCACUGAUAUUUCACAGAAAGGCCUGCUAUCAGUCACAUAUGGCAACACAGUUGAGGUUUGGAAGGACUGGGAGGCCGAAAAACAAAAAGAGCCAUACAUGUCCCACAAGGUACAGAAAGGAAGCUCAAUCCUUACUUGUAAAUUCUCUCCAUUUGAGGACUUUUUGGGACUUGGUCACUACAAGGGAUUCUCAUCGAUCAUCGUGCCUGGCUCAGGUGAGGCAAACUACACAUUCGAAGCGAUGGCACCAAGGAAGGAAGCUCUGGUGCAUGAAGUCUUAGAGAAGCUCCAGCCAUCCACAAUCUCGCUGGACCAGGCUAAGAUUGGUACUAUCGACAGAGCCAGCAAGGAGAUCAAGGAACAAGAGAGGAAAGAAGAGCUCGCUGAGUGGAUGAGCAAAAAGAAGACCAAGGAAAAGAAGAAAAAGACCAAGGGAAGGCAAAAAAUCGGUAGGACUAUGGCUCGGUCACAGAGACAACAAUUUGAGAAGCAGAGAGACUCAAUGAGGCAAGAAAUGGAGAAGAAGUACAACAAAGACCGAGAAGAAAAGGAGCUUAUCCAUAAAGACCUUGCCUUCUUGGAAGGAUUUGCACCCAAGAAGGACGAGGAGGAAAAAGUUAACGAUGAAUAAAAGAAUUGGGUUUGCAAUUCGUU